UUUUAUUGCACGCUGCCAAGUUGUUCCUUUAACUUUAAAUAAGGACUUCCAUAUUCGGCAAAAGUGCUCUUCUUGUACUCAAACAAAUAUUUGUCUAUUUUUCCUCAGGUCUAUUUUGAAGAUGUCUUCGGCACACAGCACUGACAGCUUAGAGCCUGUGGACACAGAGGCUGAAGUCAUCACCACAUAUCCCAGGCUGGUUGAAUUUGAGGAAACUUUUCGAGAUCCUGAGGAUGAAGCCUCUCUGUUUAGUAGAAUUCCUCUUGUGGUGAAGGGGUACUUCUCUGGAUGGGAUGUGAAACAAUCCCUCAAUGGAUUUUUCCCCAUUAUCAAAACUGUUCGAAAGUACAAAGUGAAAGAAGACCUCCCCAAUGAUGUGAUUGCAGGAAUUACUUCAGGAGUAAUGAUGAUACCUCAGGGUAUGGCCUUUGCGGCUCUGUCCACUUUGCCACCAAUUGUGGGUCUGUACAUCUCAUUCUUCGCGUCGAUAACUUAUUUCUUCAUGGGCACUGGGCAUCAGUUAUCCUGGAGCUGCAUUGCAAUCUUAAGUCUCAUGACUGCGACGAUCCUUGACAAAUACGAUUCUUCUGUGGCUGGUGAGCUAUCAUUGGUUUGUUUGAACGGAACUUUGAAUGGGCAAAGUGUUCCUGACUCUUUAGGCAGCUUACCAGAAGCAAGCACUGUCGCAAACACUAUAGCGGACACUACAUCAUCAAGUUUAGUGACUGAUUACGUAGUCUUACAAAAUACAACCCACUCUGGUAGUAGCAAGACAGCAGAAGAAAUGGCAGCUAUAGUUGCCAAGAGGAUGGAAGUUGCUAGUGGAGUAAGUAUUGCAGCUGGUUUGAUUUUGAUGCUAGCAUCUCGUGUCGGUUUGUCAAAAAUUACACACUUGAUGUCAAACUCUCUUAUCAAUGGUUUUGCAGUUGGUAUUUCUUUCCACGUUGUGACUAGUCAGUUGGAAGGUUUACUAGGUUUGUCCAUUGCAAAAUACACAGGCUUUGCAAAAAUAGUAAAGAUAUGGAUAGACAUUUUGAAAAAACUUCCUGAGACCAACAUUGCAACUUUAAUAAUCUCAAUCAUAUGCAUUCUUGUGAUUUAUCUGGUGAAGCGAUGUAUAAAUGAGAGAUUCAAGAAGCGUAUGAGGAUUUCUGUUCCUGUAGAACUCUUCGUUGUUAUAGUUGCUACACUUAUAUCCACAUUUGCGAAUCUGAACGAGACUUAUGAUGUCUCUGUGGUGGAGGAUGUGCCCAUUGGAGUGCCAGCCCCGAAGUUUCCAGACCUUACCUUAGUCACAGACUACAUCGGAGAUGGAAUUGUCAUUAUCAUAGUAUCGUACGCGCAAACUCUAGCCAUGGCAAAAACUAUGGGAUUAAAGAACAAGUAUGAAGUGGAUGCUAAUCAGGAAAUGCUGGCAUGUGGCGCCUGUUCUGUGGUGUGUGGACUUUUCUCUGGCUACAUUACAGGUGCUUCCAUCUCUCUGACCAUAGUUCAGGACGGGGCGGGUGGCCGGACCCAGAUCGCUUCCCUUUUCGCUGCUGGACUUGUGCUCCUUGUGAUCAUGGUUAUUGGACCAUACUUCUACUAUCUCCCAAUGUGUGUGUUGUCUUCUAUUAUUGUUGUCAACAUGAGAACUAUGUUUUUUACUUUCUUAGUCAUCCCUGAUGAGUGGAGAAAGUCAAGGUAUGAUUGUGCUGUAUGGAUCUUUACGUGUGUGGCUACGAUUGUGUUGAAUGCUGGCAUGGGUCUUUUGGCUGGGGUCGUCUUCUCUCUCUGCCUUGUAGUCUUGAGGUCAAUGAUAACCCCUGUUGUGGAAGCCGGGCAGAUUCAGACCGGAGCCUUUAAAGUUGAACUACGUUCUCUUAGUAAAUAUUCUUCAGCUACGAAGCUUCAGAAUGUAAAAGUUCUAAAAAUCAAAACUCCAUUGUAUUUUGUCAAUGCCGACAUCUUUACCUCAAAUGUUUUUCAGAAGACUGGCGUAGAUCCCAUUGUCUUAAAGAAAAAGAUUAGAGAAGCUCAAAAAGAGGUGGAGAUUGGAAAUAAGGACACGGAACAUAUGAAUGGUACCAUGCUAGGAACGGGUCCGGAAGACACAAAGGUCAUUGUUCUGGAUGCUUCAGAGGUGGCUUUUAUAGACUUGAUGGGAGUGAAGGCUCUUCAGUUUCUCAUCUCAGAAUUUGAAUCUGUUGACAAAGAGGUUCUCAUAACAUCCGCUCCUGAGAGCAUUUUGCCAAUGCUUCAUUCUACAGGAUUCUGGGCUAAGAAUGGAGAUCGUCUUUUUCUGUCUAUCGAGGCUGCGUUAGCGUCCAUAGUGACUGCUGUGGCAACUAAGAAAACGUCGAAAAAGAACGAAACCAUUUAAAAAUCAGGAAUCAUCUUCAUACAAAAUGUAGUUGGGUUUCCUGAAAAAGGUCAAGUUUUUAUUUUUCACAUCCAUAUAGCUCAUUGUUACAACAAAGACAUAGUUUACCUCUUUAGAUGCCCUACCUUUGGUUCCUUUUUGGUGUGAGCUUUCGUGAGUUUGGCCUCAAUUGUUUUCCAUUUUUUCUUUUAUCGUUUGCAAUGUGUUUACGAGUUUGAUAUUUCGGCAAGGGCCUUGUAAGAAAAUAAAUACGUAUGUGAUUGUGUUUUUAGUUUUUAAAAAGUCUAUGUUCAUAUAAUAGAUCUAUGUCUUUUGUUGUUUUUUCAAAUUUUUCCUUUGUGUAUAGGUGCUACAUAUAGCACAGAUGAAACUGUACAUCAAAAUGUUACUGUUCUCGACGUUGGAAGCGUUGAUAAAAGGUUUGAAUACAAGCUGACUUUUGUUACAUUAUAUUUUGCACUCGAUUGAAGGAUGACUGUUCUCAGGAAAUAUAUCGCCCACAGCCUGGGUGGUUGAAUAAAACUCAGGAUUUUCCCAAUUAUCCAUGCUUAUUUAAGAAUGCUUUUGUUAUUCUUCAUAAAUACAUAACUUCAACCUCACGCCUGAUUGUUAGAUCUUUUCCUCAAUUCGUUUCCACCAGGAGGACCGAAGUGACGAUGAAAAAAAAUUGAACAUGUGCGGAGCUUAGGCUGUGUGUGUG